UGGCCAGCGCUGCGCCGGCGCGAUGACGCUAUGGCACCGCCCCCGGAGUUUUAAGGGCCGCACGCCGUGGGGCCGAGUCUUUUCCCGGAAGGCUCGGGCUCUAGCUGCAGGCGCCGUCGGACGUUCUGCUAGGCCAAGAUGCCGGUCGCCAGGAGCUGGGUAUGUCGGAAGACGUACGUGACGCCGCGGCGGCCCUUCGAGAAGUCGCGCCUGGACCAGGAGCUGAAGCUGAUCGGCGAGUACGGGCUCCGAAACAAGCGCGAGGUGUGGCGGGUCAAGUUCACGCUGGCCAAGAUCCGCAAGGCUGCGCGGGAGCUGCUCACGCUGGACGAGAAGGACCAGCGGCGCCUCUUUGAGGGUAAUGCUCUCCUGCGGAGGCUGGUGCGUAUCGGCGUCCUGGACGAGGGCAAGAUGAAGCUGGAUUACAUCCUGGGCCUGAAGAUCGAGGACUUCCUGGAGCGGCGCCUGCAGACGCAGGUCUUCAAGCUGGGCCUGGCCAAGUCCAUCCACCACGCGCGGGUCCUGAUCCGCCAGAGGCACAUCAGGGUCCGCAAGCAGGUGGUGAACAUCCCCUCCUUUAUCGUGCGCCUGGACUCCCAGAAGCACAUCGACUUCUCGCUGCGCUCACCCUACGGCGGCGGCCGGGCCGGCCGGGUCAAGAGGAAGAACGCCAAGAAGGGCCAGGGAGGGGCGGGCACCGGGGACGACGAAGAGGAAGAUUAAGUGUUACACCCCCCCCCCAAAGUGGAAUAAAGCUCUCUGACUAAUGAAG